CCAACUUUCAUUUUUCUUGAAAGAAAGAAGGGGCAACUUUCUCUCUCUUCUUCUACUUCUUCUUCUUCUUCCCCUGUUCCUCACUCCACUUUCGUAGAAAUCCAAAUCCAAAAAAGGCAAAAACCCUCUUGGGUUUCAAAAGGAAGGAAGAAAGGCGGGAAGAUGACGACGACCUACGGGACGAUACCAUCAGAGUCGUUAGGGACUUCGAGGGGGGAAUUCAUAUCCAGAGCCAAAGAACGGAUCAAAUCGGGGCUGGGUCCUGCACGACAAUGGAGGGAGAUGCUCCACCGCCAUGCCGUCGGCGUCCCUACUAGCGCCGGCGAUGCUUUCAGCCGUGCCAGAACAAAUUUCGGCUACUUCCGGAUGAACUACGCCAUUAUAGUACUCUUGAUUGUCUUCCUCAGCUUACUGUGGCACCCCAUUUCGCUCAUAGUGUUUGUAGUGAUGAUGGCUAUUUGGUUGUACCUCUACUUCCUCCGGGAUGAGCCGUGGGUGAUAUUUGGGAGAACCAUUGAUGACCGGGUGGUGUUGGUCCUCUUAUCGAUCUUCACUCUUAUUGCCCUUUUCCUCACCCGUGCCACUCUCAACAUUGUAGUCUCGUUGUUGAUAGGGUUGGUGGUGAUCUUGAUCCACUCGGUCUUCAGGAAGACUGAUGAUCUGUUUCAGGAUGAAGAGGCUAUGAGUUCAGGUGGGGAUGGCGUCACGCGUCCUCUCACUGAGCCUUCUUCCUCUUCAUAGAGUUCGUACUUCAUAGCUACACUGUUGGACCUAAAUUAUAAUAAGGUUUGUGAUUAGGUGUCCUCUAAACUAUUUCAUUCUUCUUUGGGUUUCCUUUACUUCCAAUCUUUAAUUUUUCCAGUGGAAGAGAACACCAGAACAAGUUAGGCAUUAGAAGGGUUCUUAGUGGAAAUCUUAAUUUCUUCUGUAUUAUGUGCUGAGUGAUUGAUUUAUGUUUCUAUGAUAAUUAUACUAAAGAGCUGGAUUUUUUAUAUUUUAA